AUGCAAAGCCCGAGUAAAGCCAACAUCAAUUUAAGUGGAACUGAUCCGUUAGAUGGAAUCUUGAAAACAACAACUGAUCCGUCUAACUGGCGGUUCACGGAGUCAUCCCUGAUCCAAGCAUUAAUCCUGAAGAAGGAACAAGAGCGUACAAAACAGGAAUAUUAUCGCGUGGAAUCGUUGAAUCGAACAUUAGAAAUUUUGAGGCUGGCCUGUCAUGCCCGAAUUCCACCUCAUUUGAUUCCUACUCUGAUUUCAGGUAACCCAGGGGCAGCAACUCAAUCAACAAUGGCUGCUGCUGGUGCUUCAGCUUCAGAAAAAGUAUCCCCAAAGGGCGAUGAAGUAGCCAGAUCUCAGUACAAGUUUGGAAACUCCAGUCAGAUUCCGAUGCCAAGAGGGCCAAAUCUAGGCGCAGUUCCUCUGAAAGAUGUACCAAAUCACCAGAGAAAGUUAUCCCCAGCAAGGGUGGGCAGAGAUGCCGUAGCCUCAUUAGGGAUUAACGAUCCAGGGCGCGUCAAUGGAAUACAUCCUCGCCAAGAUAUCUCUCACCAGAAAUCAUCCUCACUGCCUCCUAAAGUGAGCAUUCCGGAACUUUCGACAGUAGAUUUCCAUAAUCAAGAGAAUCUCCGCAACAAGUUGAUAAACUCCAAUGGAAAAGAGCAGGGCAUGGUAUCCACCCACCAACUGAUUCAAUUUCAUCAUUGGACCCCAGAUAAAGACACCGAGGCUGAAAUAACCCCCAACAAACGUAGAAGAUCAUCACUGGUUUUUGAAUCUCCUGAUAGUACAAUAGCCGACAGGGAUGAAUACAGCUUCUUAGGUGAGACGCCAAGUAAAGGAGCAACUUCCAUUCAGAGAACAUCAUCCUUGAAUCCCAAGAAGUUCAACAGACAACAUCAUACAAGAACCAGAUCGGAUACAUCUAUAAUACGUCAAAUCAAACAGGAAGAGAAGAACGAGAACAUUUUAAAUGCCAAUGGAGUUUCCCCAGAUGGCACUUCUACACGUUCUUCUUCUAUAUCCACCACUGCCAGUUCAAUAAAUUUUCCACCGACUACGAAAGGAGCAAACAAUAGACCAACUCCCCGAUUUCCUAAUAAUAUUCUAAGCGGUACAUGA